UUUCCAACCAUUUCUCUCUCUCUCUCUCUCUCUCUCUCUCUCUCAGACAAGAAAAGAUCAGAGAUUGAAAUGGUGGGUUAUUUGUGGAUUUUCAUGGUCUGUACCACCAUCCUAGCUACAAAUGCAAUCACCCAAAAUCCACCCAUCUUAGCUUUUGAUGAAGGCUACACACAGCUAUUUGGGGACACCAAUCUCAUGCUCCAUAGAGGUGGAAAGACAGUCCACAUCUCUCUUGAUGAAAGAUCAGGUGCCGGAUUCAUCUCCCAAGAUCUUUAUCUUCAUGGAUUUUUCAGUGCUUCAAUCAAACUUCCUUCAGAUUACACUGCUGGUGUUGUCGUCGCAUUCUAUAUGUCGAACGCCGAUAUCUUCCAAAAGAAUCACGAUGAAUUGGAUUUUGAAUUCUUGGGCAAUAUCAGAGGGAAGGAAUGGCGAAUUCAAACGAACGUUUAUGGCAAUGGAAGUACCGCGAUCGGAAGGGAAGAGAGAUAUGGGCUGUGGUUCGAUCCUUCAGAAGAUUUUCAUCAGUACAGCAUCCUUUGGACUGCUGAUCAGAUCAUAUUUUAUGUUGAUAACAUCCCCAUUAGAGAAAUCAAAAGAAAUGAAGCAAUGGGUGUAGACUUCCCAUCUAAGCCCAUGUCAUUGUAUGCUACAAUAUGGGAUGGCUCCAACUGGGCCACCUCAGGUGGAAGAUACAAGGUAAAUUAUAAGUAUGCCCCUUACAUUGCCAAAUUUUCCAAUCUCGUCCUCCGCGGCUGCACCGUCGAUCCCAUCGAACAUUCUCCGACAUGCGAUGGUGGCAAAAAUGGCCUCAACGCCCUAUCCGAAACCGCAAAAAUGUCGUCGGAGCAAAAAUUAAAGAUGGAGGAAUUUAGGAAAAAAUACAUGACAUACACAUAUUGUUACGACCGCAAACGUUACCCGGUGCUGCUGCCGGAAUGUGCCACUAACCCGCGUGAGGCUGAGCGAUUUCAACGGUCGGAUAUGGUGAAAUUCGGCGGUCACCGUCGUCAUGGAAAGCGGCAUCACCGGAGCCCGGCCAGGUGGGCCACCACCCUUCAAGUUGGGCUGUAAUUUCUAUAGUUGGCUGUAAUUUCUAUAUGUUCAUGUAGUAUUUAGCUGUAUCCUUUUCUUUUUUAUUUUUAGAUUCGUGUUUGGUUUAAGGUUGUUUUGUUGUUUAUAGUGUGGAAAUUUAUUGAUGUUGGUAGGUGAUAUGUGUUACA